GCCAUGGUGGAUGCUGCAAGCCGCCAGAGGGAUGUGGUGACACUGUCGCACCACAAGCUGAGCGUGGAGGAGGCAGUGGCGGCCGUUACCGCCCCGUGCUGUGGGGCUGUGUCCCUCUUCAUCGGCGUGAACCGCGACAGCUUUGAGGCUAGGAGAGUGGUGCGGCUGGAGUACGAGGCCUACGAGUCCAUGGCGAUUACGGAGAUGCGUAAGGUGUGCGCAGCGAUGCGCCACCAAUGGCCUGCUGUGGAGUACAUCGCAGUGGCUCACCGGCUCGGGUUCUGUGGUGCAGUGGAGGAAGCGAGCGUGGUAAUCGCCGUGUCAUCCCCGAAUCGCCGAGACUCUCUCGAUGCCGUCAGCUACUGCAUUGACAGCCUCAAGGCCACAGUUUUGUGUUUGGAUGUGCAGGAGGUGUAUGAUACAGACGAGUACUCCUGGAGGGAGAAUAAGGAAUGCACUUGGGCCGAAAAACAGGAAAAACACGAAUGCGGCACAAAUGUACGAGACUCUGAAGAUGCAGUUGACACAUCGUCGUGAACUCAACGCAGUAUUAACAUGAUCGUGAUUCUAAGUUCAUUUUAAAUAUAAAGUAAUGAUAAUUGCGUUUUAGUUAUUAACAGUUGGACAUUUUCCUGGCCUCACUGGAGAUUACUUGUAAGGAUACAAGAUAGAUUACACCAGCAGUAUAAUGCAACUUGAAUUUAUAUAUAGUGCCUAAAUGGAAUGAGACACACACUACUAACUCAGCAUUUGUUUCUUGAUUGUUGGCUCAAUUGUGUAAUUGGUCUGGUGUUCAUAUCUAACCUGGCUACUCAGAGUCUUAAGGCUUAAGCUGUCUUAACCUCGGGGUAUGCUGAGUGGGAGGUACAAUAUAAAUAAUACAUUAUGCACGAUAUGUGUUUUAAAUAUUGUUUAUUUGCGUUCAGUUGAGUAUACGCGUAAACAUUGUUUCAUGAGAUUAAUUGCAAGAUAAAGUGUAAUGCCCUCGAUCCUACCCUCUUUGUACAGCCAUGUACCAAUUGCUUGGUGAGGUCAUUGUGUGCAGAUCUAAAUGCCUCUGGCAGCUAAAUACUGUGGCCCCCAGCAAUGGGAAAUCUCAAUUCCAAGUGGCACUGACAAAACACCACUUUUCUUGUGGUUGUGCAAGUGGGGUGGUCCCAGCUCGUGACCUGCUUGGAUGAUUAUUACAUUGAAGUUCUAACGAAAAAGCUACCAGAUGCAGAGCAUUUUAUUAUUUAACUCUGCUGAUUGGGUGGGUUUAGCAAUUAAGCUGCGGUCCCCAACGUCUGGCCAGCAUGGACAUAUUUAUGUAAGCUCACGUCACAUUGAACCCACCUGCCCAAGCCAAAUUCGUAAGUCCAAGUUCAGGGUGAGAAUCGUUAUCAGGGUAGAAAUUCAAUGAGUGUCCUUGGUGCAUUCAUUUGAGGCCAUUACCCUAGAUGCCUGUAGAGGCAGCUGAAGCAAUCUUUGCAUCACAAGUGAACAGAAAAUAUUUGCCUUCGUUGAACUCUAGCGUUAAUGAUCGUUACCUUGUAGGAUGGGGGCAGUGAGGAAGAAUGGCCCAAGUGAUUUAGGGGAGCUGAGAGCUUCACUCGUUGAAGGUAAACUCAUGUGACAGGUCAGAGGGAAAUAGUCGAUGAGUAACUUGGGGGCCCCCUAUUUAAUGGCAGGCCCCCCGUGGUAGUGUUCAGAAGCCUUGUGAUGGCCUGGUAUGCAGGUCAGCAAGGUUAUUUGUAACAUGGGAACUAUGGCAACCAGGAUGCAUACACCUUGACUCACAUUGCAGAGGGGAACAUGGCUAAUGAUGGGUUAAGAAUGUGUGUAUAAGAAAAUAAUUGUUUAGCUAAAACUGCAUGCCCCUUCUCUACAAAAAACUCGGUACAUUUUUUGUGUAAUAAGUGUUUCAUUACACAGCACUUAAUAAAGGAAGUGCAUGAUGGCA